CCACUUAGCCUGCUUUUUUGUUGUCGAGGGUUAGCUCCGCCAACAUGUCGGCGUCUGCGGUGUUUAUCCUCGACCUGAAGGGAAAGGUUUUGAUUUGCCGUAACUACAUGGGGAACAUGGACAUGAAUGAGAUCGAUCACUUCAUGCCCAUCCUGAUGAAGAGGGAGGAAGACGCUGAGAUGACGCCGCUGGUCAGCCGUGGCUUAACGCACUUCAUGUGGAUCAAGCACAGCAACAUUUAUUUAGUGGCAAUGACUAAGAAGAAUGCCAACGCUGCUCUUGUUUACUCUUUCCUUUAUAAACUAGUACAGGUGUUUAAGGAGUACUUUAAGGAGCUUGAGGAGGAGAGUAUUCGUGACAACUUUGUUACGGUGUAUGAACUUAUGGAUGAAGUGAUGGACUUCGGAUUCCCACAAACAACUGAAAGCAAGAUCCUUCAAGAGUACAUCACCCAGCAGGGUCAUAAACUAGAGGUCGGGGCACCUCGGCCACCUGCCACUGUCACCAACGCUGUGUCUUGGCGGUCAGAAGGCAUCAAGUACAGGAAGAAUGAAGUUUUCAUGGAUGUUAUAGAGUCUGUAAACCUUCUGGUGAGUGCCAACGGCAGCGUCCUGCGCAGUGAAAUAGUGGGCAGCAUCAAGCUCAAAGUCGUCCUGUCAGGAAUGCCAGAACUUCGACUGGGGCUCAAUGACAAAGUGUUGUUUGAGAUCACAGGCAGGGAGAAGAGCAAGACAGUAGAACUGGAGGAUGUGAAAUUUCAUCAGUGCGUCCGUCUGUCACGCUUCGAGAAUGACCGCACCAUCUCUUUCAUCCCCCCUGACGGCGAGAGCGAGCUCAUGUCAUACCGCCUCAACACAGCAGUGAAGCCUCUUAUAUGGAUUGAGAGUGUGAUUGAAAAGUUCUCUCACAGCCGUGUGGAGAUCAAAGUCAAGGCUCGAAGUCAGUUUAAGAGCCGGUCUACUGCCAACAACGUUUCCAUCAUGGUGCCGGUGCCCAGCGAUGCUGACUCGCCCAAGUUCAAGACCAGCACAGGCAGCGCCAAGUGGGUGCCAGAGAAGAACGUGGUGCAGUGGAACAUCAAAUCCUUCCCUGGGGGUAAGGAGUACAUGAUGCGGGCACACUUCUGUCUACCCAGUGUAGAGAGUGGCGAGCUGGAGGCAAAGAGACCCAUCACUGUUAAUUUUGAGAUUCCUUAUUUCACUGUGUCUGGUAUUCAGGUGCGCUACCUAAAGAUCAUAGAGAAGAGUGGUUACCAGGCGUUGCCAUGGGUGCGCUACAUCACACAGAGUGGAGAUUACCAGCUCCGGACAAACUAAAGGGCACAGAUGCUGC